GACAGCGUGAAGGUCAGCCAUGGAUCCACUCCAGGGACUCAUCCUGCUGCUCUCACUGGCCUGUGGAUGGUGCCAAUAUGCCUCCUUCAGCCAAAGCCCCUCUGAGAUCUCAGUGUCUCCUGGACAUGCGGUGACUCUGGAAUGUGCUGUGGCAAACGUCGCAGCGGACGAGGUCCAUAUGAGCUGGAUCCGGCAGAGCCCUGGACAGAAACCUGAAGGGGUGCUGGUCUUCAGAACGGAUCUGUCCAUUUACCGAGCUCCAGGGAUCCCGGAGCGAUACGUCCCCUCCAGAGACGCCUCCAACAAGAAGUUCCUGCUCACCAUCCGCGACGUCCAGGAAGGAGACGACUCCAUCUAUUUCUGCUUUGCCUAUUAUGGUUCAGAUGGAGUCCAGACGUGGGGAGAGGGGACCCGUGUGCGUGUGCUGAGGAGCAAUCUGCCCCAGCCCCGAAUCCAGCUGUUCCCUCCAGCCCAGGAGGAACUUGCCACCGGCUUUGCCACUCUGACCUGCCUGGUGAGUGGCUUCUUCCCUGGCUAUAUCGAUGUGCUGUGGAGGCGAGACUCCCAGGCCCAGGCCCAGGGUGUGAGAACGGGGCUCGUGGCACUGGGAGAGGACAAGACCUACUCGGUGAGCAGCUACCUGACGGUGCCGGCCAGCGAGUGGGGCUCGGGUGCCAGCUACAGCUGUGUGGUCAAGCACGAAUCGCUGGCGUCUGCGCUGGAGAAGAGCAUCAGUGCCAAGGACUGCAAAAGACAAUAACCUAGCGGGGAGCCUCUGCUCACAGAUCCCAGGGGCCCUGCCAGGUUCAACCUCCCCCAUGCCCAUCUGCCAGGCUGGGAAACCCCCCAUUGCCUUGGAGGAAUAUGGUCCCUUGUCUGGAGCAACCUCCCCCCGCAACCUGACACUCCCUGAGAUCCCACCCAGCAGCACCCCCCUUCUGCAGUAGCUCCACUUCUGUCUUGCUUUUUUUGGAGGCGGGGGGGGGGGCAAGUAUCUGGCCUGGGCUGGGGGCAGAGCUGAACCCAAGAUGCAAAGCUUCAGUCCUGGUUCUCCGGACCAUACCUGGUUCCUUCUGCAACUCUGUCUAUCCUACUGUCCCUUCUCCUACUCUGCCGUCUGUCCGUCUGGCCCCUCUGUUUCUUCUCACAUGUACUCAUCCCUCCAUACACAGCCCCCCUCUCGCUCCAUCCAUCCACGUACACCCCUCUCCC